AUGGACUGGACCGGGACGACUCCCAGCACGGUGGACCACCUGUCGGCGACCCCAUCGUCGGCCGAGUCCUUCGUGGAGCCCGGCAGCAGGAAGUUCGGCUAUUUCGGCAACGAGUUCCCGCACGACGACCUGAAGGACGUCUUCCGCCGGCUGUGGAACCACAGCAAGGACAGACGGCACCGGCUGCUGGCCGCGUUUAUCGACGAGGCCACCGCGGCCGUGCGUCAAGAGGUGGCCCUGCUGCCUCCGCCCCUCAAAGCGCUAGUCCCGGCCUUCGAGACGGUCUUCAGCCUGGCCGAGCACACGGAGCUGCGCACGGGGCCCCUGGGCGGCUCGGUCGACGGCAUGCUGCUCUGCGCCGUGCAGAUCGCCACCUUCAUCGGCUACCACGAGGACCUCGACGGCUCGGACUCGGACUCGCACUCGGGCGAUGAGGGGUUCGACUUUGGCAGUCCCGAGGCCUGCCUCACGGGGCUGGGAACCGGCCUGCUCUCCACCGCGGCCGUGUCCCUGGCUUCGACGCUGGCCGACAUGCCGGCCGCCGGUGCCGAGGUUAUCCGUAUUGCCUUCCGGCUGGGCGUCUUGGUCGCCGAGGUGUCGCAGAAUCUGCAACCUCGGGCGGUGGAUGGCGGCCCUGGCGAUAGCUGGGCGUAUGUGGUGCCGGAUGCCACGGCGGCGGAGAUUAAGAAGGAGCUGGAUGCUAUGCACGCAGCUGAGGGCAUUUCCGAGCCCAACAAAGUCUUCAUCAGCGCCAUUAGCCGCAGCUCCGUCACGGUCAGCGGCCCACCUGCCCGGCUCAAGCACCUCUUCAGCGCGUCGGGCUGCUUCCGCGACCGCACGUCGGUGGCGCUGCCCGUGUACGGCGGGCUCUGCCACGCGCGGCACGUCUACGGCGAGGCGCACGUCGACCAGAUCGUGCAGACGGCCUCGCUGGCGGCGCUCGACGGCCGGCUCAAGCCGCACGUGCCCGUCUUCCCGACCAGCAGCGGCACGCCCUUCCCGCGCCGGUCCGCCGUCGCGCUCUUCCGCGACCUCGUGCGCGACAUCCUCACCCAGACCAUCCACUGGGACAAGGUCGUGGAAGGGGUGGCGCGCCACGCCAGGGGCAUCUCGUCGGCCUCGGACGUCGCCGUGUUCACGUUCCGCACCUCGCUGCCGGUGCGCGAUCUCGUCGACGCCCUGAACGCGGAUGCUGCCGCUCUCCCUCGGCAGCAGCAGCAGCAACCCAUCGCAAAGACAAGGGACCUGCUGCCGUGGAUCUCCAAGCCCGAGUCGAUCCCGUCCGGGCCCCGCGGCAGCAAGCAGUCCAAGAUCGCCAUCGUGGGCAUGGCGUGCCGACUGCCGGGGGGCGCCACGACCACGGACAAGUUCUGGGACAUCCUGGACCGCGGGCUGGACGUGCACCGCACCAUCCCGGCCGACCGGUUCGACGUGGCGACCCACUUCGACCCGACGGGCAAGCGGAUGAACACGACGGCGACGCAGUACGGCUGCUUCGUCGACGAGCCGGGCCUGUUCGACGCGCCCUUCUUCAACAUGUCGCCCCGCGAGGCCCUGCAGACCGACCCCAUGCAGCGCCUGGCGCUGGUCACGGCCUACGAGGCGCUCGAGCGGGCCGGCUACGUGCCCAACCGCACGCCGGCCACGAGCCUGCACCGGGUCGGGACCUUCUACGGCCAGACGUGUGAUGAUUACCGCGAGGUCAAUGCGGGUCAGGAGGUGGGCACGUAUUACAUCACGGGCGGCUGCCGUGCGUUUGGGCCGGGGAGGAUCAACUACUUCUUUAAGUUCGCCGGGCCGAGUUUUAGUAUUGAUACGGCGUGCUCGUCGGGGCUGGCGGCGAUCGAUAUCGCCUGCAAGUCGCUCUGGAAUGGCGACACCGACACGGCCGUGGCCGGGGGCAUGAACAUCCUCACUAACUGCGACGGCUUCGCGGGGCUGGGCGCCGGGCACUUCCUGACCAAGACGCCCAACGCGUGCAAGACGUGGGACUGCGACGCCGACGGGUACUGCCGGGCGGACGGCGUGGCGUCGGUGGUGCUCAAGCGGCUCGAGGACGCCGAGGCCGACAACGACAACAUCCUGGGCGUCAUCCUGGCCUCGGGCACCAACCACUCGGCCGAGGCCAUCUCCAUCACGCACCCGCACGCCGGCCACCAGGCCGACCUGACGCGGCAGCUGCUGGACCAGGCCGGCGUCGACCCGCUCGACGUGAGCUACGUCGAGAUGCACGGCACGGGCACGCAGGCCGGCGACGCGCAGGAGAUCCAGUCCGUCACCGAUGUGUUUGCGCCGCUGACAAAGACCAAGCGGAGGGGUCCCAAGCAGCCGCUGUACAUUGGCGCCGUCAAGGCCAACGUCGGCCACGGCGAGGCCGUCGCGGGCACCACCGCGCUGCUCAAGGUCCUGCUCAUGUUUGCGAAGGACACCAUCCCGCGGCAUGUGGGCAUCAAGACGGCCAUCAACCCGGGCUUCCCCAAGGACCUCGACAAGCGGAACCUGCACAUCCCCUACGAAGCCACCCCCUGGCCUUCUUCUGUGUCUAGCGGCGGCAAGCCGCGCAUCGCGGUCGUCAACAACUUCAGCGCGGCCGGCGGCAACUCAAGCAUCAUCCUCUCGGAACCCCCCUCCCCUCCUUCCUCCACCACCGCCGACCCCCGCAGCACGCACGUGGUCGCCGUCUCCGCAAAGAGCAAAGCCUCCCUCAAAGCCAACCUCACCAACCUGCUCUCCUACCUCUCCGCCCACCCAGACAACAAGGAUACCACCAUCUCCCUCCCCUCCCUGGGCUACACCACCACGGCGCGCCGAAUCCACCACAACCACCGCCUCGCCAUCGCCACCUCCUCCCUGCCCUCCCUGACCUCCCAACUCUCCACCGCCCUCCAGUCGUUAGACUCGCACAAACCCAUCCCCCCCUCGGGGCCCCCAGGCGUAGUCUUCGCCUUCACGGGCCAGGGAGCCUCCCACAAAUCCAUGUCCCUCUCCCUCUACCACACCAACCCCGCCUUCCGCGCGCGCCUCGCCCACUUAGACUCGCUCUGCCGCGCCCAGGGUUUCGGCUCCAUCCUCCCCGCCCUGGACGGCUCCCACCCGCAAAAUCACACACACCCGCCCACGACGACCCAGCUGGCGCUGGUGUGUCUCGAGAUGGCGCUGGCGGGGUACUGGGAGCAUGAGCUGGGCGUGAGGCCGGACGUGGUGGUGGGGCAUUCGCUGGGGGAGUAUGCGGCCUUGCAGGUGGCGGGCGUGUUGAGUGCGGCGGAUGUGGUGUAUCUUGUGGGGAGGAGGGCACAGAUGUUGGAGGCGGAGUGUGAGGUCGGCAGUCAUCGGAUGGUGGCUGUUAGGGAGUCUUUGGAGCGGAUUACACAGUUGUUGUCGCAGGGGGGUAGUGCUAAGGAAGGGGGCGAGGGGGAGUUUGAGUAUGAGGUGGCGUGCAUCAACGGGCCAAGGGAUACCGUGCUCUCGGGGACGCGGGAGGCGAUGGAGCGCGUGGCGGGGGCGUUGGAGGCCCAGGGGGUGAAGUGUGUGGUGCUGGACGUGGCGUUCGCCUUCCACUCGGCGCAGACCGAUCCGAUUCUGGACGAGCUGGAGGAGGUUGCCAGGCGGGGGGUGCUGUUCCAGCCGCUGCGCAUGCCGAUCAUCUCGCCGCUGCUCGGGCGGGUCGUGUUUGACGAGAACACGGUCAAUGCCAGCUACAUCCGGCGGGCGACGCGGGAGACGGUGGAUUUCCUGGGCGCGGUUGAAGCCGCGAAAAAGAUUGGCACCGUCGACGGGAGCAUGGUCUGGAUCGAGAUGGGCCCGCACCCGGUGUGCAUGGGCUUUGCGCGGUCCAUCCUCCCCGGGCUGGCUACCGCGGUGCCCUCGCUGCGGAGGGGCGAGGACGACUGGAAGACGCUGGCGCAGAGCCUGGCCAGUGUGCAUACCGCCGGCGUGAACGUCAGCUGGGACGCCUUCCACCGCCCGUUUGAGCGUGCCUGCGGGCUGCGGCUGCUGGAUUUGCCGACGUAUGCGUGGAACGACAAGAAUUACUGGCUGCAGUAUAAUGGCGAUUGGGUGCUCAAAAAGGGGAAUACCUUUUACGACGCCGAGGACAAGGCCAAAGCUGCGGCGGCGGGGGUUGGCAGUGGCAAUUUGCCGGUGGCGGUGUCGAGUCUGAGGACGUCGCUAGUGCACCGCGUCGUCGAGGAGUCCUUUGCCGGUGCGGCCGGUCGGGUUGUUGUGCAGUCGGACCUGAUGCAGCCGGACUUCUUUGCUGCCGUGUGGGGCCACAAGAUGAACAACGCGGGCGUCGCGACGUCGUCCAUCCACGCCGACAUCGCCUUCACCCUCGGCAAGUACCUGCUCGACAAGCUCAAGCCGGGCAGCAGCAGAACCCACAGCGCCGCCGACCUGGGCAUCUCCAACCUGGUCGUGCGCGAGGGCCUGGUCGCGCAGAAGAACACCGCCCUCCCACAGCUCAUCCAGAUCACCAUCUCCACGGACGACAUCAACAGCACCGGCACGGCCCAUCUGGAAUGGCACAACCUCGCGGCCGACGGCGUCACGCUCAUCGACCCGGAGCCCAUCGUCACGGCGCAGGUCCACUACGGCAGCGCCGCGGCGUCCCUGGCCGGCUGGGCGCCGCUCGCCCACCUGAUCCGCUCGCGCAUCGACGCCCUCGCCCAGCUGGUGGCCGACGGCCGCGCCACCCGCUUCUCGCACGGCAUGGCCUACCAGCUGUUCGCGAACAACCUGGUCGACUACGCGGCCAAGUACAGAGGGAUGCAGAGCGUGGUGCUGCACGGGCUGGAGGCCUGCGCCGAUAUCACCCUGGUCCAGACCGAGAGUACCGGAGUCGGGGGAGGGGUUGGAGGGGGAGGGGGUUUCACCGUGCCGCCCUAUUUCAUGGACUCGGUGUUCCACCUGGCCGGUUUUGCCAUGAACUGCUCUGUCGAUGCGGUCGAUGUCAAGAAUAACUUCUGUGUGACCCCCGGCUGGGGCAUGCUCCGCAUCGCGAGACCGCUGGUGCCUGGCGGGAAGUACAGGUCGUAUGUCAAGAUGGUGCCGACCCAGGAGGAUCCGAGCGUGUAUCUGGGGGAUGUCUACGUGCUGGCGGCCGAGGGCGACGACGAGGGCGAGAUUGUGGCCGUCAUGCAGGCCAUCAAGUUCCGCCGCUAUCCGCGCAUGCUGCUGAACCGCUUCUUCUCGGCUGUUGAGGUCAAGAAUGUGCUCCCCGCCGCUGGGACCACGACUGCGACGGCGGGGGCUCCGAGGGAGGGUGGUGCUACUACUAGCACUGCUAUUUCGAAGGCGGCAGCUCCGGCUCCCGAACCGAAAGUGUCAACUACUACCACAACGGCACCAGCACCGCCGCCAACCCCCAUUCCAGCUCCUGCUCCUGCCCCUGCAGCACAACCAACCGCCAGCGAGCCCCCCAAAAACAUCACCACCACUACCACUCCCAAUACUAGUACUCCUCCUACCAGCAGCAGCACAGACAGCACGGCAGCAAAGGCCCUCGCCCUGAUCGCCGCCGAGGCCGCCAUCGACCCGGCCGAGCUGCACGACGACGCCUCCUUCGCCAGCAUCGGCGUCGACAGCCUGAUGAGCCUGGUCAUCGCCGAGAAGCUGCGCGACCAGUUCAACAUCACCGUCGGCGGGAGCCUGUUCCUGGAAUACCCCACCGUCGGCGACUUGCGGGCGUGGUUGGUGGAGUAUUACAGUUAG